AUGUGCACUUUAGAAAGUACAUUAUGGGAAAUUAAUACAAAGAAAAAAUUAAUACCUGGCCCAGGUGGUAAAUAUAAAAUACGUGUUUCAGCAAGGGCGGAUAACUGUAAAAAUAGUAAAUCUAAGUGUACAGAUGAAAUAAUAUUUCGAAUGACUCCACCUCCAUCUGCAGACUUUACACAUUUUUACGAUCACAAUACUGAUUAUCUUGGAAUAUUAGUAGAAAAUACAGAAGAUAAACAACCAUCGCUUGGAUACACAUAUCAAGUUUAUCAAAUUAUAAAUAGUGAUGAUAACAUUAUUUACACUUCCCGAACCAAAAACCUUUCAAAUUUAAACUUAGAUAGAAUUAGAGAUAGUUCAGAAACCUUACAUUAG